CCACAAUCUCUUGGCUUAUAAAAACAUCUUUCCCCAUAUAUUUCUCCCACUCACUUCACAGCAAAUUAGAGUGCUCCAUUGCUAACUGAAAGAAAUAAAGCUAUGGACGAGCUUGAAGCACUGAGAUCUUAUCAAAAGCAACCAACAAUGGCAGAGGUGACUGAGGAGCUAAAGAGAAUAAUUGAUAUAGGGUUCCCUAUAGCAGCUAUGAGCUUGGUGAGUUAUGCAAGGAACAUGGUUUUAGUUGUUUGCAUGGGAAGAUUAGGCAGCCUUGAGCUUGCUGGUGGAGCGUUAGCUGUUGGUUUUACAAACAUCAGUGGCUACUCAGUCUUGUCAGGGCUUGCUACGGGCAUGGAAUCGCUUUGCAGUCAAGCUUUUGGCUCAAGGAACUUAUCAAUGGCAGCUCUCACUUUGCAAAGAACGAUUGUAAUGUUACUGCUGGCUUCGGUACCCAUCGGCUUGAUAUGGUUUAACCUUGAACCUCUCAUGCUUAGCAUCAAUCAAGACCCUGAUAUAUCCAAAGUUGCCAGCCUUUACUGCCGGUUUGCGAUCCCGGAUCUUAUAGCAAAUAGCCUUCUUCAUCCUCUACGUAUUUACUUGCGUAGCAAAGGAACAACUUGGCCUUUAAUGUGGUCAGCUUUAGUUUCGACCCUUUUUCAUCUUCCAAUCACAGUCCUUUUAUCCUUUACUUUAGGUUUAGGAGUCCCUGGGAUAGCAAUCUCCACCUUCAUCACCAACUUCAACACCCUUUUCUUCCUUCUUUGUUACAUGUUCUACACUCGAACUAGUCAUCUUGUUCCACAGGAGUCGAUGCGGACGCCUUUGUUACCAUCGCCAACUCUGACACACCCACCUUCGUCAACAGCUCUAAUAGGGAAGGAAUGGGGAGAUCUUCUUCGACUGGCAAUACCAAGCUGCAUUGCUGUUUGCUUAGAGUGGUGGUGGUACGAGUUUAUGACAAUUCUAGCCGGUUAUUUAUCCGAACCUCGAGUUGCUUUGGCAACGUCAGCAAUAGUGAUACAAACGACGUCUCUCAUGUACACGUUGCCAACAGCACUCAGUGCAUCGGCCUCAACCCGAGUCGGGAAUGAGCUCGGAGCGGGGAGGCCGAGCAGGGCACGGUUGGCAGCAGUGGUAGCCAUAGGGCUAGCCUUGUUGACCUCAUUUUUGGGAUUAAUAGGGACGGUAUUCGGGAGAGAAGCUUGGGGAAGAGUUUUCACAAAGGAUUAUGAGGUUCUAGAGCUAACCAUGAUUGUACUACCCAUACUUGGACUGUGUGAGCUAGCAAAUUGUCCACAAACCACAAGUUGUGGGAUCCUAAGAGGGAGUGCUAGGCCCGGGACUGGGGCAACCAUAAACUUUUACUCGUUUUACUUGGUGGGUGCGCCUUUGGCAAUAGUCCUAGGCUUUGUUUGCGGACUAGGGUUCGUGGGGAUGUGUUAUGGGCUGCUAGGUGCUCAGAUUGCAUGUGUUAUCUCCAUCUUAACAGUGGUAUUCAGGACGGAUUGGGAACGAGAGUCGUUGAAGGCCAAAGAGUUGGUGGGCAAAACUGAACAUUUUGCACAUGCAGACCAAGUCAUUAAAUGUGAAGAGGGAGUUGGAUUUCUCACAGAAUUGGGUUCUGGAAAGUGAGGAAAACACGGUGGUCUUCAAGGAACCAGAAUACUCCCAUCUAACAGAACAAAUUGAAACUACACUUUUUCAUCUCCAUUAUUAUUAUUUUCCGACUCAUGUUAUAUAUAUACACCUGUUUGUUUUGUCUUUCCCUUUUUCUUUCUUUUAUUUCUCUUAAAAGUUAGCUAGUUCCCCACUAAUCUUUGGCCAUGCACUAGACCAUGCAGGCAUGCACCUUUGUAUAUCAAUCAAUUAAUGCUAAUCAUAAAAAUAGAAUUAUCUGUAUGCUUAUGAGAUAAA